CUCUUUUUGAAGAGCGCCGCAAUUAUUUUACUCGACGAAGAUCAAUGCGAAGAUCAAGAUCUAGAGACUCAUACUAAGGCAUCAUGUUCCCCCACAGAAGAUUGAUGAUAAGUAAAUACGUGAAUUCUUGCUUUAAUGUGUAAAGUAAUUAGCAAUGUGGCGUCCGUUCAGUAUCAGUUCCGAAUUACGACGUCCGCGGCCCAGUAAGUCAAAAGGUUUGUCGAGUCAUCAGGCGAGUCACUUAAUUUCGAGUUUAUCUUUUGUACACACAACUAAGGACGCAAGAUUUUUACGCGAGAAAAAUUACGAAGCCUUUUUUCCCUUCGCAAGUUCACGCUUGUUUUCGUACUCUGCUAGACCACCGUUUCGAACAAGUGAAGAAAAUAAGGACAAAAUCCUGACGGCGCACAACCGCAACAGCCCUCAUGCCUUUGUUCCUGCUCGUUCUUUUGUUGGAGUAGCGGUCGAACGAAACUCGUCUCAGCGACGCCAGCGCGGAGGUUUAAGUGAAGGGAGAAGGAACUUUUUAUCUCAUUGCCCUUACGCGCGUCCGGGUCCGCGGCGCAAUUUCACCUACGAAUUGCAAAUAUGUUUGGGUCUGAAAGAUUGCCACAUUUGUCAUGCUUGUCUGACAUGACUCGGAACUCUGUCAUGCGUAGGUGCAAAAAGAUCGAUUUGUCUGUGAUGCAAAAGCGCAGUAUGCCAUGCGGAAUACGCUACACAUAGCAGCUCAAAAACUUGUCAUGCUUGGCCACGUAUGACAGUGCGCCCAGUAUUCCCUGGUUUGCAUCACAAGUUUCCAGACCCAGACAUUUUUGCAUUUGAUAUCACCACCAUGCCGACGAUUUUUGACAAGAUUCUGGAUAAGGAGAUUCUUUCUUUGGUUGCUUUGCAACUUCACCCUUCGCGUCAGCGAGGUGUGGGCAGAGCGACGUAUAUUGGUACUUGGGCUUACCGUCGCCUUGUGUUGAUGCCUGCGGCGCUGUUUUUGUUUUUGUAA